AAUGCCUUUGACAAAAGAAAGAUGUAUUGAAAUCUUUCUCAUGGUUGGAUCGGGAAGCUGUCACAAGGUUGCGAUGAACAUGUAAUUACAUCCAUAACACCAGAUGUGUUAACAAGAGUUCAAAGAGUACAAAGAAAUGUAGAGGAUGUAGAGAAUGUUUUGUAAAUAAAGUUACAUUUUGCUAAAAAGUAUUAAUUUCCCCUACGUAUGGAGACUUUUGGGACACCCUGUAGGGUCACUGAUAUGUCACUGAUGUGCAGUAUGAUCAAAAAAAUUUUUCCAGAUACAUUACCACGUAUCACAAGUGAAUCAGUGGAAAACUGUAUAUUCUCCAAUUUAAAAAAAAAAAAAAAAAAAAAACAUUUUUUUCCGUGUGUAAAUAAGGACUAACCAAGUAUAAUAAAAGUACAGACAAUAUCCACAAUAUACUUUUAUUUAUUUAUUUUAAUUACAGUAACGGUGUGCCACUAGAUAGUGACAGUUUGGUUGUCAUCCUUGAAUUUCUCCAUUCUGUCCCACCCUGACUUCCCAUCAGCUGCUGCGUUUCACAAUCAUGUGAGUCUCAGGUGGGCAUUCCACGCAGUACUUUGCCAACCGUGUUAACCAGUAGGAAGAAAGGCGACUUCUGUGUGGAAAAUCAGUCAGGGGAAGUCAGUCAGAGGAAGUGUGAUGAAUCAAGCCACAUGCCUCCAACGCUGAGGCGCUGGACCUGCUCACAAGCAGCUCAUUGUUGUGUGGCGUCUCAGCGAUUGGUGUUCAGGCUGAUCUGACCACUGCACUGGGAUAAAGCACAGCCCAGCACAGCACAGCGGCAUUUACUCGUUGACAUGUGGCUGAGCGGCUGUGAGAGGAGAAGGUCAUUCUUCUGCACAUGGUCCCUAGAAGUUAACUCAAUUUCAGGCUCACUUAUCACACUUUCAGAUACUAUGCAUAGUAGCUAGUGUUGAAAUAGCAAUCGUGUGACAUAACACAAUAAGAUAUAGUUAAUAUUUUAUUUAAAAUUCUUGUUCAGAAAUGUGUGGGAACGCUCAAGAAGUUGAGACACACUGCAGAAAAUUGAUUAUUUUUCAGAAUUUUAUCUAGUGAGAGAUCGAGCUGGACAGUUAAUUCCAUUUCAUGUUAAUUGAAAGCAGGAUUAACAAAGAAAAAUUACUUGACUAAAUCUAGUUUUUAUGGACAUUUGUUGGUGCAUUAAAUCCUCAGCCCCUGAAUAUUCUUCAUUAGGGGUGUAACAAUAUAUGAAAUUCAAAUCUGAUGCAAUAGGAUACGGUGGUGUCUCGAUAAAAUAUGUUAUUUAAAAAAAAAAUUCGACAAAACAAAAACAAGCACUACUUGAAUAUGUGUCUUAUUUUCAGUUCUGUUAAAACAUGGUUAUUUUUUAUGGUUUUCACUAAACUGUCAGUGAGAUAGCUACAGUUCUCCCUGCUCUACAAUUCAGACUUUGCAUCCGUAAAAUAUUUAAUCCAAACUGAUCACAGAAAAAUAAUGAAAUAGGUGCUGCUUCUGUUACUACUUUCAAUCAUGAACAGUGCUCAGUAUUUUAUUCCCCAUUUCAGCCCGUGCUGUACUCCCGUUCCAUUAAUACGUUAUAAAGGAGGAGAUGUCCUGGUUGCACAACACCAGAGGGAUUAUGCAACGUCAUUAGAAAAACAGGAGGUUGAUUGCAUCCUGGACCGGCUUAAUCAUCAGAGCUGUAUCUCGCCCGUUCUCGCCUUUGAUCGGAAAACAGUGCAGGCUGGUUUGGCUUGUACUGGAUUGAUUAAACUGGUUAUUAUAUCAGCAGUGACUUAGGUAAUCUUAUGUAGCCUAGUUUUCCACCAUUACAUCUUCAAGCCCCAAAUCCCAAAGGGUGUAAAUCCACUGGGUCACGACAGAGUGGCCAGAGUGACGCCAUUCUGUAGAGGAAACAGUCUGUAAAAGCAGCUUAACACCUUGUGUGAGGUAAGAGGUGAGGUAAGUGUGAAGUCGGUGAAGGAGCAGGAUGAUUGUAGCGGAGACUACCACGAACUGCAGCCCACGUACAUCAUCACGGGAUGCCACUAGGGCUACACUAUCUGUUAAAUAUUAAUCAAUAAAUAAUUGAGUUCAUGGUUCUCAAGCAUGAUUCUUUAGCCAAUUUGGAAAGGUAUGCUAUGUGUAUUUCAGUGGUUUUCACACUGGGCAUGUUCGCUACGGUCCAAAUCAGAGUGUGAUUGCAACUCCACCCCCUCAUCUCACAACUUUGGUCUGGUUUCAGACUCAAUUGCAUUUGCGUUCAUCUUGUGUCAUCACAAACACGCACUGAGAACACAACGCAGCCUUUUUUUACUUUAGUGCUAUUGUGUGCAGCAGAGUGAACGACAGCAUCUGUGUGCAACGCAUGUGGGUCUCUUGUUUUUAAGUAUUGCUGAUGAAGCUUUUUUACUUUGUCAUCAGCUAAAACACACACACAGGUUACUUUACUUCCUGAACAAGUGCAGACCCGAGUACGAAUUGCGUUCACAUUCACAGGAAUCGUGGCACAGUUCCAGUGCAAACAAGCUCAGACCACUUCCUACAGAUAUACAGCCACAACUCACCUUCCCCAUUCAUUUCAUACGUUUAGUCAUGGUUAUUCAGUAAUUGAGAAUUUGUUAUAAUUUGUUAAUAUCAUUUGUUUUCGGACAACUUUGUUCCUGGGCGUCAUGGUGAUGCAGCAGAUAGAGCUGCCUCCUCACAUCACCAGGGUCCCUGGUUCAAUCCUGAGCUUAUGUUCCUGUCUGUACAAUGUUUCACACGUUCUCCCUGUGUCCUUGUGGGUUUCCUCUGGGUGCUCCAGCUUCAUCCCACGUUCCCCCAAACAUGCCAUGAGUGUGUAAAUGUGUGUACACGGUGCCCUGCAAUGGACUGCUGUCCCAUCCAGGGUGUAUUUCAGCCUCGCGCCCAGCGUUCCUGGGAUAAGUUCCAGAUCUACCAUGACCCUGACCACCAAUGGAGCGCUUACUGAAGAUGAAUGAGCUUUGUUCCUUCUCACUGUGAGUGUGAGUUUGUCAUUUUUAAAAUUCACUCACAGGUUUCCAGCAUUGUUUCUCCCUUUUUUCUGUAGACUUCCCAUGCUGUUGCCUGAGUGCAGAUGCUUUACAAUCGACAAAUUGAGAUUGCAGUUUAAUAAGAUUUUUUUGUACAGCGCUACACAAAUGAAAAUCAGUAGUUCAAUAGCUGAACUCCAGACAUUGCAAUGCUACAGGCUAAAUAUUAUCCCUAUACCUUGUGUAACAUACAGUUCACUCAGGACUGAUUAUAUUAGGAUCUUCAAUCCAGAAAGUGAUGUUAUUUUGGAAUAAUGUGGAGCCCUGUUCUGUGAUCCUCACUGCUUUCUUUUGAGAUUACUGCAGGCUUUGUGACUUUGUCCAACCUGCAACAAAGGACGAUCCAGGCUUCACCAGGCCCUUUUGUGAGGCUUCCCAUUGUCUCACUCUGCUCCGGCCUUGUGCUCCUUUCUUUCCACCACUUUGUCUUUGAUGGAAUUUAAAUGAGAAAGCGGAAGGACGCUGCGUCGUUUUUCCACCACCCACCAGUCCAGCGCAGGCCCCUUGUUGCCAAGGAAACUGCACAGUUGGAGGUAGUGCCUUAUGGGUAAAAAUUCCUCUCUCUCUUUCACUCACUGGAAAGCUACAGCUCUGUUUGUGCAAGAACAGCGGCUGUAAAAAGAGACCUUUAGACCCAACGUCGUGUCUCAGCGUCUGGCUGUGAGGUAACAGGUCGAGGUUUCUUCUUCAGUCUAAACUAACAAGAACUCGCCAUCUCUGUUCAUCAUGGAGCGCGAGAAGCGCCCAAGCCUUUUGGAGAGAGCUGAUGCUGUUGAUGGAGAGGAAGUGGUGAGCUACCCGGUGGAGAGCGGGUCUCUCCCCACGAGAUCUAAGAAGGAGAAGACGGCGAAAAAGAAGCUGGAGCAAAAGAAAGCCUUCAGUCUGGAGGAAGCUCAGCUCGAGGUGGAGCAGCAGAACAAGAGCCAGAGCAGGCCGGCCCUGCCCAGGUCUCAGACAGUUGGAGGAUCAUUGGAAAGAACCGACAGCAUGAACUCAAGAAGUAGCUUCAUGAAGCACAACAAAACAUUCCACAAACUCUUUCCAGACAUCCCUGAGAGCGAAGACUUAUUACACGCCUACAUCUGUGCACUGCAGAGGGAGGUACCAUACCAUGGCCGUCUCUAUAUCACAGAGAACAACGUGUGCUUUCACUCCUCUGUGCUUCUCAAGGCCACCAAGGUGGUGAUCCCCGUGUCUAAUAUCACUGUCCUGAAGAAGCAGAACACAGCGCUGCUGGUGCCAAAUGCUCUGUCCAUCCGUAGCAACCUGGGAGAGAAGUAUUUGUUCGUGUCUCUGCGGAACCGUGAAGGCUGCUACAAGCUGCUGCGCACUGUUUGCACACAUCUGGAGGACAUCAGCGCCAACAGCAGCCCUCUUUUCUCGUCCGCCGAGAACAGCUUCGAUCAGGGCAAGCUGGUGAACUCGAGCCAGUCGAGCCUGACUGACGCCUACGAGGAGCUCGAUGGAACAGACUCGGGACUUUUACCGCAACCUCCUCCUACUAAACUUCACAGAGCCUCAACCUCGAAUGGAAGUCCUCCGCCUUUAAGAAGUCCUCUCAGAGAAGGUGAUGAGAGUCCGACAGAGGAGCACACAGGGGGCUCGUGGAUGUGGAGCGUGACUGAUGGAGCCAGAUCACUGCUCAUCCAGAGAGAACCCACCAACCUCAACACUCUGCUGCUCAUCUACUUAAUGCUGGUGGUGCUGCUCGUGUUGUCCUCUGGAUAUAUCGGCCUGCGCAUCGUGGCUCUGGAGGAGCAGCUGACCACUCUGGGAGCCUUGCCUGAAUUCACUCUACACAGCGGGUACAAGGACACAUAAGCAUCCCAGUGAAAGGAGAGAUGUGUUUAUCUGAUGACCCUGAGGAGGAAUGACGGAUUCUGAUGAUGUCAGUCCAUACUUCAGCAUUUCUCAGACCCCAGUAGAGCCAAAGUGCUGUGAACGUUAUUCACUCACAGCAAGAAGAAAACCAAAGCGCUCCGUCACGCCGCGUCGUACCAGGAGACUGCUGAUGCUUUUUCUCCCACCGAGCCAGACUCGGCUCUGAGCGGGACGCGGCGGCGCUCUAAUGACAGCAGAAACCAAGCAGUUUCCAAAGAGGCUGUCUGUAGUGUAACUCAGCUACACUUUUUCAGGCUUUUCCUCCUUUCCACCUUUAACCCCAACGUGGCUGAUGAUUGAAUCUUUCAUCCUUUCUGAUCAAGCUCCUCUCGUGAAGAUGAUUUUUCUCUCUGUUUCUGAUCACCAGGUGGCAGUAUUACACCUUGCUUUGGCAUGAUUCAGAAAUUCAUGAAUGAUCGCUGCUUGGUGGCCAAUCUUUUCCCCUUUUUUUUUUGUUUUUCUUUUUUCCAUCAUUUAUGGACGUAUGCAUCUUCUAUGCACAAAAUAAUCUCCCGAUCAGGUAUUUUUAGCCUCUUUUGUUUGUCUUUUUUGUACUUUGGUCGACAAAGUAGUCGACGCCCAUUUCUAAUCAGAUAAACUGUUAAAAAGAUCCAGAGGCACUGUGCAGCCCAGACGGGACAUUUUUCAAAUUCACUACACAAAAAGACUCUGGCGUGUCUGAAAGGAGCAAAACCGCCAAAAAAAAAAAAAAAAAAAAAAAGGAGAGAGAAACAUACUUGAGUCACAUUUCAAGAACUGACAAACUUUGACAUGGUCCAAUAUAUGCAUGUUUAGUUUGAGUGUAUGUGAGUGUACAUACGAUUGUAAAAUAAGAGACUUGAAGUGAAUCAGUGCACUUUAAUGUGUGUAGAUUGUGGGAAAGCAUCAGACUGUACAAUGAGGAAGUCUGCUAUCAUCAUCUGGACCUGGAGAAUUAUACCGGCAUUAUGCUUCAUUUUACCUACACACACUUGUGCGCAUUCUUGUGUGUUACUGUGUACCAGGGUGUCCACACGUAUACGGUUUUAAUUAAGACAUUUUAAAUUCAACUCCAAAUAUUUCAGACAACUAUUAUAUAUAACAUAUGAAAAUACUUGCACAUAAGGAAAAUACUUGAAUUACAUGUAUUUUAAAUUAAGAAAAAUGCAAAACACCAUCUACUGUAAAAAUCUCACUGUUAAAGUGUGUGUAAAGCACUAAUACGCUGUAAUUUGUUCUCUUAAUUCAAACAGAUGUUUUAAGCAGCAAGACUAUUGAAUUUUCAUUUCCCCAAAUCCUAGCCCAAGAGCAGGAAGCUAACACUGACCUUGAUUUAAUACACACUUCUUGUGCGAGUGGCCCUGGUAUUAUCCAGUAUCAAAUAUUUUCAAAACAGAUUCACGUGAGAAAACUAAGUCAAUCAUGACUGAUUAGGAAUAGGCAAAAAUCUUGGACGUGUGAAAUAAUAUGUAAGAUUUAAGCCUUGGAUUAAUACUAUCAGUAAUCACAGAAUGAUCGAGACUGUUUGAGGACAUGUGGACACACUGGUGCACUUUUUGUGUUUCAGUAGGGUUAAAAUCUCUGUCCACUAGGGGCAGAUUUGAGCCCAGACAUGUCUAGUCAACAGCUUUUCAUUUUACAGUUGACCUGUAAAAUAUUAGUGAUUUCGCACCAACCAGACCAAUUUGUAUAUUUUCACACAGAUAUGGUUGUCAUGGUGUCACGUUUAGACUAGCUUAUCAUACUCAUGUCACAUCUCGCUACUGGUUAAUGUCAGUCUUGCAUCCUGUGGAAGAGCACGAGCACAGGACAGCCAUCCUGCACACCUGUAUGGCGUAUGUAGUUAAAAUAGAGUACAACGCCGGCUUCAGAAGGUGCUAAAGAGUCUUUUACUCAGGGCUUCUCGCACUCAGCGCCCUGUUUCUCUCAAUCCCUUACAGUGUACGUCUGUGCUUUCUCGGCUCAUAAAGAAUUAGCUAAUAAUUUAAGUAAGGUGUGUUAUAGCAGGGAAAGCACAUGUCGAACUCAGCUCUGGGAUUUCCUCUCCAACGCUUCUGCUGCUUCUUUAUCUAAGAUUAGCACAAUGCCAACUCCAGUUGUGUUCAUUACUAACUACAAUGUCUGUGUACCACCAGGAUGUUUUUUUUUUAUCUUUUUUUUAAAUGAUAUAUUUAAAGAUAUAUAUACCCCAAUGAAGGCAUGUUGAUCAUCCUGCUGGGGUAUUUGUCACCGAUCAGUUCAUUCUGAUUUCCUGAUUUGAUGGAUCAUUUUAUCUACAUCUAGUAAAGAGGAAAGAAGUGUUGCACAGAGACUAAUUAAGAGACUAAAAGUGUUGGACUUGGCUCAUUCUGAGCUUUUGUGAUUCCCUUUCAAUAAUAACAAUGCAGGAAUUCAAUGAGUGUAUCAUUUCUCUUUGCACUAUUGAAGGGUAUGUAAAUAUUAUUUUGUAUUGAUUUGUCUUUAAACAAUCCCCACUGAUCUAUUUAUUGCAUUCUCUGUAAGGCAAAGUCAUCUCUGUGAGACCAGCUUUGACGUUUGAAUAAAUCAAAUGAUUGGGGAAAACAUGCA